AUGCCGAAUUUAGCACGCUCACCACCGUCAUUGUUAAACCAAUCGCUCAGCAUGUCAGAACCCGAUGUUAAUAGGAUGGUAGCGACUACUGCCGCAUUGGAGGAUUCUGGGCUUACUCAUUGCAAGCAACGUGACAGCAAACGCAGAAGAAUUGCCGAAGAGCAAGUAGAACCAGAGCGAGCCGACUUUCGAGCAAUUAUCCGAGAAGAACUUCGAGAUUUUAUGAAUACCAUGCAAAUACAGCAAAACUCGCGAUUAGAUAUUAUAGAAAAAUAUAUUUCUGAAAUUAAAUCUCAAAAUGAUCUCAUUCACAGCAAUAACCUUGACAUUGAAAAGUCUAUCGAGUUUUUAAAUCAUAAAUUGGACGAACUACAAAACACAAUUAACCGUCUAGAAACAGAACGUAAACAAAUCUCAUCCCAAAUUAUAAACAUAGGUGAUAAAUGCGACACUUUGGAGAGACUGUCAAGAAAAACAAGUAUACAGAUAAGAAACGUUCCUAAGCAGAAGGGUGAGACAAAAGAGAAACUAUUUGAGAUGAUAAAAAAACUUUCUACAACUUUAACUAUCGAAAUUGAGAAAACAGAAAUACGUGACAAAUAUCGAAUACCAGCUAAAACAGAAGGUGCCAAUUCGGUCAUUAUAGCCGAAUUUUCCUCAACUCUUAUUAAGGAAAGUAUUUUGGCGGCAGCUAAAACGCACAACCUCAAUUCGAAAAAGUAUAAAACUGAACAAUUAAACUCCGCACAUCUUGGCUUGGAGGGACAUAAAGAGGAAAUCUACCUGUCUGAACACCUCACUGCCCAAGCUUCGAGGUUAUACUUUCUUGCACGUGACUUUCGCAAAACAAUGGAUUACGCAUAUUGCUGGACUUCAAACGGGCUGGUUUACUUAAGAAAGAAGCAAGGUGCUCCAUAUAUUUUAGUGAAGAAUGAGGCUCAACUACACCAAAUGAAAAACAUGUGA